AUGACAGGAAUUGCCGAUCUAUAUCUCUUGGCAAGAAAUCCAAACUCGAAGGAAGCUUGGGCAAGGCUUUCAGCACUAUUGAAGCUCAAGAAGACGAGGUAUGACUGCACCCGUUUUGUCGUGCUAAGCUGGAAGAGGACGGGAUCCAAUCUACUUUGUGGUAUCCUCUUCAAUCAUCCUGAAAUCGUGAUGCACAACGAGCUCUUCAACCCUAUUGACAUCUUCACUUACUACCAGAGAAUCUUGUGGCGAAACGAGGACGGCGACAGGUGGAACACUUUGGGGCGUGAUUUGUACCCCGAAGCUUUUCUUGAACAUCUCUGGACUGGGAAAGACGUGUCUGGGUGCCCCAUCAAGGAAGGCACCAAGAGCAUUGGGUUCAAGUCCUUUCCGGAUCAUUGGUGGGAACCACAGAAUGACGAGAUUUUCCAGGAGAAAAUCAUCGACGACCCCGCCUUGAAAAAAGUAAUCCUGUACCGGGAAGAUGAAUUGGCUGUUUACAUCUCAAUGAAACGAGCGGAGAGAACUGGUUACUACAUGACACUCUCCUACCCAAAGGACUUGAAAAUACAAGUCGAACCCGCUGCCUUCCAGAUCUUCGUAAACAACUACCGGGACACGUUCCGACGAAGAUACAAAUCACCUCUGGAGCGCAACAUGUUUCGCAUCUCAUACGAACAGCUUGUCAAGGAGGAAACGUUUGAGAAAGAUAUCCUUCCCUUGUUGUGGGACUUUCUUGGGGUGGACAACAGGCAACCCCUCAGAAAGCUUCGCGAGACUGUCAAGCAAGCAACGCCUGACGAAGAUUUGUCCAUGGUGAUCGAGAACUGGGCAGAGCUUGAGUUCUGCUUCCGACACACCGACGUAAACGCCUUUCCGGCACGCCGAAAUCCCGCCAUGUUUUGCAACAAGCUUGCAGGGACAAACGACGAAAGGGAAGCAGGUCCUGGUUUCAGAAACAGCUGGUCCAUUCUACUUCCAAUUUGUUCUCGAACCAAGAGGACUACCGCUACAGCUGUGAUGUCGGACAAAGCCAAUUCGGAGAUGGCAAAUCAAUUCAACUCAAACCGUCUGAAUGACCUAGCGGUUUCAAGUCAAUACAACGCCACAAGCGAAGAAGAUUCCGGGAAUUCUGUGAGAUGCUGGGAAAAUCUUUCCGCCUUUGCCGAAUCGCUGAAGAAAACAUCAAGUCCUGAAACGUUAGCAAGGACUGAGUGUCUAGUGGGAAUCGACGUUGAUGACAACGUGUUCCACGGAGAAGCUUCUAGGAGCCGCAUUAGAGAGAUGAUACCUUGUUCGGUUCGGUUCUUUGACAUUCAGCAACGCAUGUACGGAAAGGUUUGCAAGAUCUGGAACUACCUGGGCAUGCAAGCCCAAAACGACUUUGUUAUUCUGCUCGGCGAUGAUAUUGUUUUGAAAGACGAAUGCUGGCAAUCCAAGGUCUUUGCAAAGUUUCAUGAUAUUGCUCGGCGGACAAAGCUCCCUUUUGGAGCCGCUUGCGUCGCCUUGAAUGAUGAAUCCUUCCCCGGCUUUCCUACCUUUCCUGUCGUUCACAGGUGGCACAUACGGGCGUUUGGUUCCCUCCUCCCACGUCAGUUCGUGAACCAGGGCGGGGAUCCUUAUCUUUUUGAACUAUACAGUCGAUUCAACGCCGCGGCGUUUGUCACUGAUUGUCGCUUAGAGAAUACAAUCGGUGGCGACGGAGAAGCAAGGUACAAAAAGUACGAGAUAAGUUGGAGUGGGCAGAUCCUUCGACUGAACCUGAUGCACAUGAGAAGAGACUACCUGAAGGCGCCCGAAACUGGCGUGUGCUUGGACAUAGUGGUGCCGAGCUACCGAACCAACAACACGGAGAUCCUUGAGGCGAUUUUGCGCUUAAAGUGUUCUGUCCCGGUUUAUACAAAGUUCUGGAUAGUUGUCGACAACCCUAACGAGACUCACGUCAGAGAUGUCAAAGGUCUGGCGGAAAGAGUCAACGCAGAGCGUUUUGUCGUCGAAGGCAAUUAUCACGUCACCGUGCUUCACUACGGCGACAACAAAGGUGCCAGCUUUGCUCGCAACCUGGGCUAUAACUACUCUACGGCCGACUGGACAUUGUUCCUCGAUGACGAUGUGCGGCCGGACGACCAUCUUCUCGAUGCAUACGUAGGAGCUAUCCGUCGUUACCCGAAUGCCAAAGUCUUUGUGGGGAACACAGAGCUACCAUUGGCCACAAAUACGUGGACAAAGAUGCUGAGAUCAUGCAACAUUAUGUUUUUCUACGGCAUCUCCAAACAUCUGACUUUCCCACCCUGGGGUGUCACUGCCAAUCUUAUGGUUCGAGGAUCACGGCACAACGGCACAAUCCAAUUCAAGGGUGCUUACCCGAAAACUGGUGGAGGAGAGGAUAUCGAUCUUUGUUUCCAAUUCAAGCGGUGGUACAGGAGGCAAAAGAUUGAAGGCGUCAUUGUUGGAGUGGAGGGAGCAACGGCGCAGCAUCCCUGGUGGAAAGGCGGGGAUGUAUGCUACGAUCAAAUCAACGGUUGGGCCUGGGGGGACUCGCUGUGCAUUACCCAGUGGCCCGAGAAAUGCUUUUGGUGCUUUCCCAACUGGAUAGAGUUUAUCUGCUAG